AUGCUGGUCCACAAGUUUUGGGGAGUUUGUGUCUGGACAACAUUUUUAUUCAAAGGGUCUUUUCAGGGGGAGUACCAGAGGAAGCUGUACAAGGAGCUUUUAGCCAACUACAACCGUCUGGAGAGGCCCGUGGUGAACGACUCGGCCCCCAUCCUGGUGGAGCUGGGGCUCACGCUGCUGCAGAUCAUAGAUGUGGAUGAAAAGAACCAGGUGCUAAUGACCAACGCUUGGCUUCAAUUAUACUGGACAGAUGCUUACUUGAGCUGGAACACAGAGCACUACCCUGGGGUCCAAAACCUGCGCUUUCCGUCUGAUCAAAUAUGGACUCCUGACAUCCUGCUCUACAACAGGUCAGAAUGA